UCCUCCUCAGCUCCGAGCAGACAGACAGGUGGACGGACAGACAGACAGGUAGACGGACAGAGCGACCAUGAUAUCUGCCUCCUCUCCCUCCUCCUCCUCUCCCUCCUCCUCCUCUUCCUCCUCCUCCUCUUCCUCCUCCAGUGGAUCGCGGACAAACACCAUGAAGCGUCUCUCGCUGCUCGGCUGUGAACCGCUCCUCUCCGGUGCAGCAGUAUAGCGAUGGUGUAUUCACAGUCGUCAAACGCAGUUGGUGUCAAUCCCUCGCUUUACUCUCCAUCUUUCACAUAUCAGAUGUCAUUUAACUACUCUGAGAGGGAAAACUCAACUGUCCUGGCAACCUUACCCACAACUCCCCUCUGCAGCCUCGAGGGCGAGCCCAACAGGACCUCCGCCUCCUACGAGCUGACUUCAGGUGAGGUCGCCGUCCUGGGCUUGGUAUUUGGGGUUCUCUGGCUGGUCUCCAUCUUGGGAAAUGCCCUCGUCUGCCUGGUCAUCCACCGGAGCCGACGGACUCAGUCCACAACCAACUACUUUGUGGUGUCUAUGGCCUGUGCAGACCUGCUGAUGAGCCUGGGUUGCGCCCCCUUCAUCCUCCUGCAGGUCGCCUCAGGACGAUGGCCACUGAGCGCCGCCGCCUGCAAGGCCGUACGUUACCUGCAGCAUCUGUGCCCCGGCGUGCAAGUCUAUGUGCUGCUGUCCAUCUCUGUAGACCGUUUCUAUACAAUCGUUUACCCCCUCAGCUUCAAGGUGUCCAGAGAGAAAGCGAAGAAGAUGAUCUUGGCCUCAUGGCUGUUUGAUGCAGCCUUCGUGUCACCGUGUCUCUUCUUCUAUGGUUCCACAUCCACAGCCAGCGGUCAUUGUGACUUCUUCCUUCCGGACAGCUGGGGCAGUGUUACCUACGCUGCCAUUCACCUCCUGUUUGGAUUUUUGGUCCCAGUGGCUCUGAUCAUGUCGUUCUAUCAGCGGGUGGUCCGCUAUAUCUGGAGGAUCAGCGCUGAUGGCCACACCGUACGCCGGACAAUGAACAUCGUCCCACGGACUAAAGUCAAGACCAUCAAGAUGUUCCUCAUGCUCAAUUCAGUUUUCUUCCUCACCUGGACGCCCUUCUUCAUCGCCCAGCUGUGGCACCCGAGGGAGUCUGAUGGACCCAGUAGGCAGGGACUGCUGUUUUUCACGGCCAUCGCCUGGAUUUCCUUCAGCUCCACGGCGUCCAAGCCAACCCUGUACUCUGUCUACAAUGCUAACUUCAGAAGAGGCAUGAGGGAGACCUUCUGCAUGUCCUCCAUGAAAUGCUACCGCAGUAACGCGUACACCAUCACGGCGAGCUCUCGGAUGGCCAAAAAGAACUACAUUGGGGUGGUGGACAUCCCGGUGCAAGCAAAGACCGUCGCCAAGGACUCGGUUUACGAUACAUUUGACGGAGAGGCAAAGGAAAAGAAGGUGGCCUGGCCCACUAACGCCAACCCUCCGAAUACCUUUGUCUAAGUGAGUUUUAAAACUGUGAAUGUACAAAAUGAACUAGUUUGAAACUUUAUUCUACAGCACAAAGUCACAGUUGGCAGGUGAGCGAGCUGGAACAUGUUAGCCCUCAAUUCAACUGAAACACAAGCUCACAGAAACAGAAUGUGUGUAAAGGGCUUUUUCUGAUCUAACACACCUUCUGGCAGCCAUAUUGGAGGUUCUCAACAGCUGUGAACAACUAGCCGUUUUUAUACUUCCGAUUUGAAUCAUUAUUUAUUUCUGUGCUGUGUUUUGAUGGAUUGUUUUGCCAUUGAUGUAUCAGAUUUUGUGUUUUGAUGUCAGCUUGAUAUCGAGCUAACAAUAGUCUGUGGCCCUCGAUAAGUGACCGUCGUAAAUGCCUCUGAUUUGCUGCAGUAAUGUUUGUGGUAGAAGCUAACGUUAGUAGUGGCCACUAGCUGUAUGUUAACACUGACAUCAUCUGCUUUGCUACAUUAAGAGUAAUUGUGAGUUGGCUCGCUAACAAAGCCCUAAAUCUACAGUUUGUUCAGGCUCUCAAGACAAAUGGGGACUGUAGAGUUGUAAAGUGGAAGGUUUGUUUGAAGAGUCAAUGUUUGAGCGCUUCGAGGGCUGAGCUGGACAUGAAACUUUCAACAGAACAACUGUCAACUGCAACCAAAGCAAACGUUUCAAAAUGACCUACUCAGGCAUCCGCAGUGAUGUGGUUAACUGUGGUAUGGUGAGGGUUAGGCAACUCAAACUUCAACUUUGCAACUCAAUAGAGAGCAGAGACGUGCCGCUAGCUGCUGUUUUACAGUGUAUUUUUUACAGAUGUUUUCUUUCAUUUCAUUAAAUGCAUCCAUUUAUAGAAAUCCAUAAAGUCCUGAAAAUAUUUUUAUCUUGUGCUUUUUGUAGAAGAGUGUGGCAGGAAUUCGUCUCUUUGCAGACGACAGCCGACUGUCACAUUUCUCUACACAACAACCCUUUUUCUAGUUUUCUCAGAUAUGGUUGCUCAGUAAAUACAUCAGUUCAUUAGUCUAAAGGAUUUCUCAGGUAGUGCAGUCUGCAGUCAGUGGCCUACCCUUAUUUUUAAAAAGAUUUCAGAGGGAAUUCAUUUGUAAUAUUUGUCACACAAAGUUUUAUUCACUUGUAAACUGAUUCUAAUCCCAAACUAAACUGGGAUAAAACCAGUAAAGACUCUUCUCUUUCAGAGCUACAGUAACUUUGAGUCUGGAGAACCGUGCACCGUUUUCUAUCAUCAGAACAGAAAUAAAUGAAUACUCACCGUCCUUUGAAAAUGUAUCUCUGCUGCGUUCAUCUUUCCCAGGUGAUUGUAGGUUCAAAUACUGUUUGAUUAUUUAUUCAUCACAUCAAAAACUUUAUGUUUCUGACCCCAACUGGAGGUAAAGGUCCAAUGACAGAGAGGUUUUCUGGUGUAUAAUAUCUUUCAUUAAUAAACUGACAGUGACAGAUUUUAUGGAUAUUUCAUAUUAUUCAAAACUGUACCAUAAACCCAGACAGUGAAGUUUGUGUAAAACCAGAUAUUUGAUUAAUUUUGAGCAGAUUAUUUCCUAUUUAGGAACUUUUUAUACAAUCCUGUCUGUAUUCUGUGUUUUUAUCAUUUUUAACAAUCAUACAGACUUCAUAGGCUUCUCUUUUGACAAAUACACAGUUUAUUUGACGCUGGGCCAUCAUCCUAUUAGACCACUGGUUCCCAACCUUGGGGUCUCGACCCCCACUAGGGGUCGCCAAAGCUUCACAGGAGGCCUUCUGGAAUUUAAGGGUGUAAGAAAACUUUAAAAAUGUCUACAGUAGGUAGGUGGUUGUGUGAAGGAAAGUAAACUAAUAGAACAAUGAGAAGAAAACAGUGAAAAUGUGUCACUGAGUCAGUUUAUUAAUUAAAGGUUGGGAACCAGAGUAUUUCAACAUUUACUGUACUUUUACUUCACAGAAGUCAACCAGGAGCUAAGAUAUAGACAUUGAGCACAUUUUAAAAAUAAAGACAGCCUCGCGACCCCCUGUGAAGCUCUGCCGCCCCCCAGUGGGCGCUGGGAACCAGUGCGUUGGAUUAUUGUAAACAUGGUGAAGGGUGUUCAGUUUUCCAGACUGCAGUUAAUGUGAGUCCAAAGAUGAUUCUCACCUGUGUCCGUUUACCUUUUAGCUGCUUGGUGUGAUGAAGCGUCUUUGUGUAAACUUUACUGUGAUAUGAAGGUCCACGCUUUAUUAAAGCUCCUCAGUUCAACA